UCCAUUCUCCUCCACUCACUUUCAAAAACUCCAUCGAAAACCUCACCUUCUCGUCCUCCUCACUCCUCCUUCCCACCAUCACGAUGGCGUCGUCGGCGGGGACUCUCUCCGGCUCCGCCACCGGUUCUUGCACCGGCAUUGCUGCCCUAUUCUGCAUCCGUAGGUCUCCGCGCGAUGCUACCUCAUUCUCCCUUGCGGGGCACCGUUCCCAUGGCCCCGUCGGCAACGCUGGCAACCUCAUCUUGAACCGCCAGCUCCGCCCCGCCAUCGUCCUUGAUGGAUCACCGAUUUCGAUCUCUCAACGCCGGCCAUCUCAUCUUGAGCUCCUCCGGCCGGUCGCCGCUGCUGCCUCGUCCUCCCCCGCUGAGGGGAGCGAUUCCGCCGGUGAAGCUAAAGUUGAGUUUGCCGCCAAAUACCCCACUCUCGUCACCGGCUUCUUCUUCUUUAUGUGGUACUUCCUGAACGUGAUAUUCAAUAUCAUCAACAAGAAGAUUUAUAACUACUUCCCUUAUCCUUAUUUUGUGUCAGUGAUCCAUCUUUUUGUGGGAGUGGUGUAUUGUCUGGCGAGCUGGACCGUUGGGCUGCCGAAGCGCGCACCAAUGGACAACAAGUUGUUGAAACUGCUAAUUCCUGUCGCAAUAUGCCAUGCUAUUGGUCAUAUUACCAGCAAUGUGUCAUUUGCUGCUGUAGCUGUCUCAUUCACCCACACUAUCAAAGCCCUGGAACCUUUUUUCAAUGCGGCUGCAUCACAGUUCAUCCUCGGACAACAAAUACCAUUUUCCUUGUGGUUAUCACUGGCUCCAGUUGUGAUUGGUGUGUCAAUGGCAUCACUCACUGAAUUGUCCUUCAAUUGGCUUGGUUUUAUUAGUGCUAUGAUUUCCAACAUAUCCUUUACAUACAGGAGCAUUUAUUCCAAAAAAGCAAUGACUGACAUGGACAGCACCAACUUGUAUGCAUACAUUUCAAUCAUUGCACUUAUCGUUUGCAUCCCUCCGGCACUCAUUCUUGAGGGGCCUCAACUGUUGAAGCAUGGCUUUAAUGAUGCCAUUGCCAAAGUGGGCCUAACAAAGUUCGUCACAGAUUUGUUCUGGGUUGGGUUGUUUUAUCACCUCUACAAUCAGGUGGCAACCAACACACUAGAGAGAGUGGCUCCUCUUACGCAUGCAGUGGGGAAUGUGUUGAAGCGUGUGUUUGUGAUUGGUUUCUCCAUCGUAGUCUUUGGAAACAAAAUCUCCACACAAACUGGCAUCGGAACUUGUAUUGCAAUUGCGGGAGUUGCCAUUUACUCAUACAUCAAGGCUAAGAUGGAAGAAGAGAAGCUGCAAAAGAAAACUACCUGAUAUCAAGAACAGGGUUCUUGUUGUCUUGGGCCCUUCGUGAUAGACUCUUGGCCUGUCACAAGGUCAUUUGUGCUGCUUGUUCCAGAAUUAAGUUGAUAAAGAUAACUCAUGUGAAUUUCAGCUGAAGUUCAUUCACUGUUUUAUUUUCUGCAAAUUUGUCUCCUUUGUAGUUUUCAUUUGGACAGGAAACUCUUGUUGAUCUUGUAAUCAUCUCUCAUGCAUAAUGAACUGAGGCUCCAAUUGGUGCCCAUGUCUCUUUUGCUUAUCUUUUCCCGGCCAUAUUAAAUGAGAAAGCUAAUGAUCAUAA